AUUUUAAAUUUUACAAUUUCAAAGUAAUUUAUUAUUCUUAGUUAAGAAAAUCCACCAGGCAUGAGUUAUAUUAGAGAAACUGACCAUAUAAGAGAAAUUUUAAUAUUGGCCUACUCAAGAUUUAUCCAUGAGUCAAAUUAUUCGACUACAAGUUGAAUGCAAUUUAUCCAUGAGUCAAAUUAUUCAACUACAAGUUGAAUGUAUUGUGUGCUAAAAAACUAUAAUAAAAAAAAGUAACUAAAUAUUUAGUGUGUUUGGAAAAAUUGCAUACAUUGAAUUAUUUCUCAUAAGCCUACAUUAAAAUUAUGGAUUAGGGACCAUAAUAAUUUUGUGAACAAUUCAAUACGUAUAUGAUUUUAUAAUUUACAAAUAGAAAUAAAAAUAGAUUUGAAUUAUUUAGCAAAUAAGGAUAAUUUAUUUGAUUUGACAUCCAUUUGUGUAGUCUUGCUCACACAAAUUGUUAGAAAGUGUAAAUGUAAACAGGAAAAAAGAUUUAACUAGUAAAAGAUGGGCCAUAAAAGAAACAUAAUACAGCCCGAGCCCAUUAUCCACAACAGUUAACAUUUCAUAAUGGGCUUUGUUGAAACGAAUCCAUCUCCCCUCCACCGGGGCCCUUUUCCUUUACUCCCGCCGAGGCCCAACCUCUUCUUCAGUUGGAAAAGGAAAACCCCGCCAAAGCUUAGAGCUCCAUCUCCGUCAGCAAUGGCCGUUCCCGCCAGAACUCGUCCUUCAUCUUCUUCCCACCUCAGGGCAUUAAUCACGGCAUUUACACCCUGCACCGAAGCCGUACUCGACGCCAUAUUUAGGUGACAACUCUCUUCUCUGUUCUUUAUGUACAUGCAUUAGUCACAUCCAACUAGACCAAACGCCAUAAUUGAAUGGAAAUAAAUAUGAACAAAGUUGUGCCCAUGACUUUGCCACUCCUCCCAAAUAUCAUGGACGAUUACAUACACGUUAUGUUGACUGCAGCUCUGUACUCUCUUCAAACUGAAGCAAGUAAUUGCAGAACCCAGCUGUCGUAUGAGCUGUUGGAUCCCAGUUCCAGAUACUACCUCUUAUUAUAUAAGCAAAUGUCAACUAGUCCUUGGUAUGAUCAUAUAGUGAAGUUUGGUUCUGGGAACUCUUCAUCAUCUCCCAUGGCGUUUCUGCACAUUCUGUUUGUGGGUCUCAUUGUCCUAGUCAGUGCUGCAGCUAACAUCAAUGCAGCAGAGAACAGUAAUGGUGGAAAUAAUCAAGUGGCAGCGGUUUUUGUGUUUGGGGACUCUCUAGUUGACACAGGGAACAACAACUACAUCCCCACCAUUGCCAAGAGCAACUUCCCUCCUUAUGGGAGAGACUUCCCGGGCAAAAGACCAACCGGAAGGUUCAGCAAUGGCAGAGGCGUCUCUGACUUCAUAGCUGAAAUUCUAGGAGUGAAAGAGCUGCUGCCACCAUAUCUGGAUCCAAAUCUGGAACUCCAACAGCUCCUUACUGGUGUUUGUUUUGCUUCUUCUGGUGCUGGUUAUGACCCUCGUACAUCGAAAUUAGCUAGCGCGAUACCGAUUACGAGUCAGUUGAACAUGAUGAAAGAGUACAUCAGGAAGAUGAACGCCACAGUCGGUGAAGAAAGAGUGAAAGAAAUUACAUCCAGGAGUGCAUACAUGAUCUUCAUGGGAAGCAACGAUGUCACCAACAUUUACCCAGUGGUCAAGGCUUUGUACAGUGAAGAUUCCUACACUGAUCUAAUGAUCAAUUUGGCCACAGACUUCUUCCAGAAACUGCAUGCCAUUGGAGCAAGGAGAAUUGGGCUGCUGAACUUGCCUCCAACGGGGUGUGCGCCAGCGCUAAGAGUUCUGACAGGAGGAGGAGAGAGAGCCUGUUCGGAGAGCCUUAACAGACGCAUCAGGCUGUUCAACUCCAAGCUGUCUUCCGCUGUUGACAAGAUGAACCAGGAGCUUCCAGGAGCCAAGUUUGUACUGUUUGACGUCUACAGUCCUGUGCUUUCCCUCGUCCAAAACCCAGCUCCAUAUGGGUUCGAAGAGGUUGCAAGAGGAUGCUGCGGCACAGGGAACAUAGAAACUGCUGGGCUCUGUGUUCUGCCAGGGACUUGCACUGAUGCCACCAAGUACUUGUUCUGGGAUAGUUUCCAUCCAACUGAAACCGCGUCUCGAAUCCUGGCGUAUCAAGCUCUUUCUCCCAAUCUAAGCAAAUUCUUCUGAGUAACUUACCAUUGUUUCUUUGUGUAUAGAAUUGUCCAGUUACGCUUGCUUUAAAGCAUAAAUGAAUGCCAGAAAUCAGUGGUUAACACGUUCAAUCUUCAAUGUACUGAAAGCUACGAUGCCUCAUCUUCGUUAAUCGUUUGUUGGGAUCAUUAACACGCUUGGUUCCAAUUUCUAUCCAUUAGUACAGCAGCCGUGUUAAUCAGUGCUGUUAUUGCAUCAGUUUUAACAGAACAUGCAGCAGGAUUCAACUGGUUCUUCUGCUUGUAGCGAUGAACUCGUUGUCAGAGAUUCAUUCAUGUUCAGAUGGUCUAUAAUUGAUCUUGGUGGAGGCUAAUAAGUUAAUGAGAUCAGAUUCUAAAUGCAACCAAUCUAAUGGAUUUCCCCAAGAAGUUCAUAAUCAUGUGUAUCAUUCCAACUGACCCCCAAGAUUCUGAAAUUAAGUUAAAUAAUCAGACGUGGAUUAAGCUAUCUAAUCAGUUAAUCAGUGGAUUAGGCACAAGAGACACUUCAGCUGGCGUCUGAGCUUGCAAUAUGAUGGUUCUUUGUACCACAUCGUUUGAACCAACGCAAGGAAGCGAAGGGCUUGGAAUAAGAGGCAAGCUCUGGCCUCGGCCCAAUUCAUACCUUUCUCGGCCUUUUGGCUAAGAUCAAGUGUAGUAUCUGUUCUUAUCAGUUUAAUAUCUGAUACGUGGGCCAAUGGCCCACACGAUAUUAAAUUAAUUUUUUUAGGGGGAGAAAGCCCACUACUGGAGCUUGCUUCAGGGGCCUUCUCGCGUGUCGUCCGAGCGUUGCACUACUGCUUGGGCCUGGCGCACCCCACCAAUAACAGUCCAACUAAUUUGUUUUUUCAGUAAUUGGGCUUUUGAUCUUACUUCAAAACUGUUCUCUUUGGUUUUCCAUCUAUAAGAACAAGAAUUGGCUAAGCUGGUUAUAGUUUCAGAGUUGCGCUGAAUUCCCCUUCAUGGCCUUUCUCUCAAUGCCCGUGCAGCAUCUGCUCUUGCAAGUUCGUCUCUACUUUGCCACUUUGUUAUGGCUUUUCCCAGCUCAAAGAAACCAGCAAUGAAGUAUCAACGGCAACUGGUUCUUGUUUUUGGUCUGUAGAUCGAACGAGAACGACGAUUCAGACACGUUGAGGCAGGCUUCUUGAAUGUCUUGUAGCCUGCUGCAUAUGGUAGUUGCUGCCUUCAUUGGAGUUAAGGAAGUUGCAGGCUUUGCUUGUCAUCUCAUUGACUAUAUAUGGCAGAUGGCAAAAGGAGACACAAGGAAUCUCGUUGUCAUCAAUAUAUACAUAUUGAAUGAAUGAGAUGGGAAAUUGUGUGUGAUUUGGAUCUGAACAACUAUCUCAGCUGUGUCUGUGCACUGUCUCCUGGCAACAACCACUCUCCAGCUCACGAGGCUGAGUCAGUUUCCAGCGCCUGUCUCCUAUGGGAAAACAUUGGUUGAUGCACGAGUGUGCUGUUUAACAUUGUUUUGAAAGGAAGUAUAAGUAUGAUAAUGUCCAUAUUAUUAAGUGAUGAAGCAGAAUGCAUGGAUCUUUGCCUCCCUCAUUACUCAACACUGCAAUUCAGAGCUGUCAGCUAUGCCUUAACCCAUCCAUGGUUGCCAAUGAGUUGGAUUACUUAGUAGGCAAGGGACAUUUCAUAGACACAAUUCCUGAUAAUGUGGUAGAUCCAAAUCAUAAACCAGAUGCACAUGG